AUUUCUCCAUGGAAGGGAUAGCACAGUUGGGUUAAACCAGUGCAAUGUUGAGAAGAUUGAUAGUUCAGUCAAAGAGAUCUGUUUCACAGCUUGCGAGCUCCGUGAACAAAGGUUCUGUGAAUGUUUCCCCAGCACAGGGGUCGAUCCAGUUCUCAUUUGAUGGGGGAAAUGUCAAAUACUCUUAUACAAAUGCGUUUCUGAGGGAUGCUUCAGAGUCCCAGACCUCCCUUGACGGUAACACAGGUCAAAAGCUGUUCACCACUGGUGAGAUUGGUGAUGUAUUCCCUGUUGAGCUGGGCGUUGUCAACGAUUCAAGCGUCAAAGUGAAAUGGUCUGACGGUGAUGAGUACGUAUACUCGAAGGAGUUCUUGGAGAAGCACUCGACGAGAGAAUCGCAAUUCAGAGGUAGAUACCACGAGGAUCUGGUGACACUGUGGGAUCCUUCUGAUGAGUCCAAAUAUCCGCAGCUGCCAUAUUAUGACUAUCACGAUUAUAUCAACACUCGUGAAACGUUGGCACAAGUUGUGCGUGAUAUGCACAAGUUUGGACUUGCUGUGAUUGGUAACAUUCCUGAUCUUUCUGCUGAGGAGCAAGACAAACAGCUCCUUGUUUCCAAGAUCGGUGGUAGAAUUGGCUAUAUCAGACCAACGUUUUACGGAUAUACCUUUGACGUGAAGUCCAAGCCUGGCGCAACUAACAUUGCAUACACAUCAAAGUUCCUACCACUACACCACGACCUUUGCUAUUACCAGUCUCCACCGGGCUUACAGCUGCUACACUGUAUUAGAAACAGAGCCACCGGUGGUGAGAACGUCUUUGCAGACUCCUUUGCAGCAGCCAAGCACGUUGCCAAAGUCGACCCUGCUGCCUAUGAAGCACUGAAGACCGUUCCUAUCAACUUCCAUUUCAACAGAGAUGGCCAUCACUACUUCCAUUCACAUCCUCUUGUUGUUGAGCGUCAGUUCACUUCCCAGCCUGGGUUCCUGGAAGAGGUGAACUACUCACCGCCUUUCCAAGCGCCUUACGACUACGGCCUGGAGCCAAACACCAAGGAGAGCGAGAUCUUCCAAGACUUCCUCCGUGGUAUGAAGCUGUUUGAAGACUUCAUCAACGAUCCUCUGAACAAGGUCAAGUUCAAGACCGAUGAAGGUACGUGCGUGAUCUUCGACAACAGAAGAGUGCUACACGCACGUGACGAGUUUGACCCUCAGUCCGGGGAAAGAUGGUUGAAAGGUUGUUAUCUCGAUAAGGAUGCCUUCCAAUCCAAAGUGAGAGCUGUGGAGCUCGGUGAUUACUAACUUCCCCCCUCUAAUAGCAUCUCGACUCAUACAUCAAUUUCGUCCUUGUAUGGCGCUUAAUUGUCCAUAGUAUCAGAUAAACAACACAAGAUUACAUACAAACCGCU